CGUUGUAAUGUAAGAGGGGCAGGGUUGUGACCUAAUCUCGUCCAUUACGACUCAUGGAUUUGGUCCACAUCCUCUGGAUUCGCAUCUUCAUAAAAUACGCCUCCUCCAGUGCGAUUUGCGCGCUCAAAUUUGAAGACGGAGAAUAGGAGCGAAGCGAAAAUAUUUCUUUCACUCCUAUCCCCUCAAAAAACCCUUUCGAAACCCUCCUCACUUCCUUCUCUGUAUCCGAACGCGAUUCGACUUCUCAGUGAUCCAUUUUGCGCACUGCCAUCUUCGGGCGCACCAUUUAUGGGGUUCUUCUGCUGUCGUUGGAUUCCUGCGGAAUGCUACUUCAUGCAGGGAUUCGGAGCUGUAUUAUCUCCAUUUGUAUUUAUGAUGAAACUUUUUUAGGAAGGCUGGAGUGCUAGCUUGUUCAUAGAAACCAUCGUUGCGGUUUUACUAAUUACUGGGCAUUCUACCCCUCAUUGCUAAUGCAAUUAUCUGCUUAUGAGUAACUUGGAACGAUCCAGAAAUGUGAUUAAGAAGGAAUGCCCUUCCAAGGACAAGCCUCCCAAAGUCAAUUGGGUGCAACAUGCCACUGCUUUGGAGAACUUCUCAUCCCAGUAUAAAUUUUUAAGCUCAAACUUUCUCUUCUCUUUGUCCACACAAAAGCCUCGUCCUGAAAGUAAUGAUAGAGAAAUGUUAUCAACAAGGCCAAUGGCUUGCAACAUUAAAAAAAUUAGAACAUUACAAAGCUCACAGGUUGAGAAGGCUUGGAAAGCUCUUUUUAAUAGUCAACAGAAAAACAAGAAUUACCUGAGGCCUGGAAUCACUGCUCCUGUAAAGAAUUCUAGGGGAAAUGCUACUGUAACUGAGGGCUUAGGUUCUUGUAAAACUUUGAAGGAACCUUCGAGUUUCCAAAGAGCUGGUUUAUUAGCCUCUAGAAAUACUUCAACAUACCAAGGGGGUUGUAACUUGUUUAAUGACUCAGAGGCCGGUAACUGUGGUUCCUUAAAACACACUGAUUUUUCUUCAAGCUUCAGCAUUGGUAUUAGUAAGGUUAAUGAGGAGUCUAAUGUGUUAAGAGAGAAUAUAAAAAUAACUUCAAUGCCUUGUAGCAACUCCAGUUUGGAAAAUUGCGAGGCCUCGUUUUCAGGCGUGGACAGAUGUGCUGAUAGAAGUUAUGUAGAUGCUACAGAUGAUGAAAUUUUAGAGAAUAUUGAUGUUGACCAGAUAGUCAUGAGCCAUUAUCAAGCUGUAGGUACACCUCAGGGACCUGUAUCAAAAAAUAUGCCAUCAUCUGCAAAUUGCAGUGAAAGUAAUGUUGCAGCUUUCAGCCGGCAUACCUUGCCCCAAGAACUAUGUGAACUAUGUAAACAUGGCUUUAAGCUAGCACUUUGUCCGAAUGCAUCAAAUCAUCUGCAGGAGAUUAAGGACAGGUUGAUUACGAUAUCAAAUGAGCUUCUUGACAAUGCUGGUGAUCUUAGUCCUAAGCAAUUUGAAGUCCUUCGCCAGGAAAGAUUGCUUUUGAAUAAGCAAAUCCAACAGUUAGAGAAGUACCUUCAAGAUAUAGGACAACGAAGAUCACAAACUAUGACCUCAACCACUCCUGUCCAGAGUUUUCUAAUUGAUACCCCGUUAAGUAGAACCCAUGAUGGCGUCAGAUUUGAUUCCCAGGUUCAUGUGCGCAAUGAAUUCAGUAAUUAUGGAAAUUGGAAUUCUCCAGUGUCAUUCUCAACCACAGAUGGGCCAAAUUGUUCAUUUGCUCCCGUGGAAAGGGAAGUGUUUACCCCAAAGCUGCUUGAUGUUACGUACAUUGAAGGAUCUGGUGAUAAAAGGUGGAAACGUGUGGACUUUUCUUGGAGCAAAAAGCUUGAGGCCUACAACCGGAAAGUAUUUGGAAACCAUUCCUUUCGCCCUAAUCAGAGGGAGGUUAUUAAUGCGACAAUGAGUGGCUAUGAUGUUUUUGUCUUAAUGCCAACUGGUGGAGGAAAGAGCCUAACCUACCAGCUUCCAGCCCUCAUUUGCCCAGGAUUGACAUUGGUGGUUUCACCUCUUGUUUCGUUGAUCCAGGACCAAAUAAUGCAUCUUCUACAAGCAAAUAUUCCCGCUGCUUACCUCAGCGGCAAUAUGGAAUGGGCUGAACAGCAAGAGAUUCUUAGAGAAUUACAAUCCGAUAACUGCAAAUACAAGUUGUUAUACGUCACCCCAGAAAAAGUUGCAAAAAGUGAUGCUUUGUUGAGAAACCUGGAUGCUUUACAUUCACGGGGAUCACUUUCUAGGAUUGUUAUUGAUGAAGCACAUUGUGUAAGCCAGUGGGGACAUGAUUUUAGGCCAGACUAUCAGGGUCUUGGAAUUUUGAAGCAGAAGUAUCCGAAAACUCCAGUGCUAGCUCUAACAGCUACUGCAACAGCUAGUGUAAAGGAAGAUGUUGUGCAGGCUUUAGGCCUUGCAAAUUGCAUUGUUUUCAGACAGAGUUUCAAUCGGUCAAAUCUAUGGUAUUCUGUGGUGCCCAAGACAAAAAAAUGCUUGGAUGAUAUUGACAAAUUUAUCAAAGGCAAUCAUUUUGAUGAAUGCGGGAUCAUUUACUGCCUGUCGAGAAUGGAUUGUGAGAAAGUGGCUGAAAAGUUACAGGAAUGUGGACACAAAGCUUCUUUCUACCAUGGCAGUAUGGAUCCCCAACAAAGAGCUUAUGUUCAAAAGCAGUGGAGUAAAGAUGAAAUCAACAUAAUAUGCGCCACUGUAGCCUUUGGCAUGGGCAUCAACAAACCCGAUGUUAGGUUUGUGAUUCAUCAUUCUCUACCCAAGUCUAUAGAAGGUUAUCAUCAAGAGUGUGGGCGUGCUGGCAGAGAUGGUCUCCGAUCAUCUUGUGUUUUGUAUUAUAACUAUAGUGAUUAUAUAAGAGUUAAGCACAUGCUUACUCAAGGAGUCAUAGACCAAAGUCCCUUCUCUGCUGGGUCGAGGCGCUAUCUUCCUUCUAGCACUGAUAGAGUAUUCGAAACAAAUAUUGAGAAUUUGUUGCGCAUGGUUAAUUAUUGUGAAAAUGAUUCAGAUUGUAGACGCUUAUUGCAAUUAAUUCAUUUUGGUGAAAAGUUCAACCCUUUAGACUGCCAGAAGACAUGUGAUAGUUGUUCCAAAAUGUUGGAUUCAAUUGAGAGAGAUGUCACUGAUAUUUCUAGGCAACUGGUGGAGCUCAUUAAAGAAACAGAUCAGCAGUUUUCUCUGUCACAUAUUUUGGAAGUAUACAGAGGUUCAAUGAGCUUAAAUAUCAAGAAAUACAAACACGACACUUUGAGACUUCAUGGAGCUGGUAAACACCUGCAGAAAGGUGAAGCAUCCAGAAUAAUUCGCCAUUUAGUGAUUAUGGACAUUCUUGUGGAGGAAGUCAAGAAAAGUGAUAUUUAUGGGUCAAUUUCGUCUGUGUUGAGGGUGAAUGAGUCUAAAGCAAGCAGACUUUAUUCUGGUGAACAAAGGAUCAUAUUGAGGUUCCCAUCACCUGCAAAGGCAUACAAGAGCAAGUCUGAGGUGCCUCUUACUAAGGCUUCAUCCUUUACAGAAACUACGAGCUCUCACCAGAACAUUCCUGUUCAAGCACAAAAUGAAGUUGACUUUAAUUUAUCAGCCAAACUUUAUGCUGCUUUGCGUACGCUCAGAACUAUGCUUGUAAAAGAGGCUGGGGAAGGUGUCAUGGCUUACCACAUUUUUGGAAACGCUACUCUACAGCAAAUUAGCAAGAGAAUACCAAGAACCAAGGAAGAACUCCUUGAGAUCAACGGCAUUGGCAAGGCAAAGUUGCUCAAGUAUGGCGAUCGCGUUUUGGAAACCAUAGAAUCCAUAAUCAGAGAGCGACAUAGAGGAAGCAAGAACAGCAGCAGUAGCAGCGACAAUGAUUUAACAAAGAGGAGAAGAAGCUCCGCUUGCAGAGAAUCUGCAGCAAAUGAUGACGACUUUGAUGAGAGUAGCAUUCAAUCCAAGAAGAGGGUGGUUAAGGUUGGAAAUGGUGGAAAAUGCUUGCAGGAAUAUCUCAACAUAUCAAGCUAUAACGACCGUUUUAUCGAUCUGGAAUUGGAUGAGGACGCGCAGAAUGAGCAAAUCUAAUUCUAAGAAUGUAGAGAGGCCUUCUCGGAGAAUCUUGUUUAGGGUUUAAAUGUGUUUAUAUUCUAGGAGUACGGAUUAGGUUCUGCUGCUUCUGUGCUUGGGUCGGGAAAACAAAAAAAAAGCUAACUUGCGGAUAUUGAGAUUGGGGGUGGGGGGAAAUUUUGACGGAUGUGAGUAUUUUGUUUUAUAUGUUGUUGUA